AUGGAGGCCGCUGGCGAGGGGGCGGGGCGCGGGGACGCGCCUGAGGAGAAGCAGCGGCGGCAGCGGCGGCCGGAGGAGCCGAGCGGCGGGAUGGGCGAGCGGGGAGCGGCGGGGCGGCGAGCGGGGGCGCCGGCAGGAGGGGGCGGCGAGCGGAGGGGCGCCGGAGACGCCGCCCACCCCCCCGAGGGCGGAGACUUCAGGUAAACUCGGCGCCCCUCAUGAUCCCCUCCCCUCAAGAAGGCCCCCCCCCCCCAUUCAGGGUCCUGGGGGGGGGGGAGGAGGCUGGUCUCCGCCCCAAUGACCCCCCGUCUCCCCAUCCCCCUUGGGGGGCUCUGAAGGGCAGCAAGGACACCUGGGGGGGUGGGGGUCCGCGGGGGUCGCUGCUGCCCCUGCUCUUUGGGGGGAGGCGGAAGAAAGCGGGGGCCUCGACGGGACCCCCCUCGCCCGGGACCCCCAGAGCGGCCCUUACCUGCCUUGGGCGGGGGGGGAGGAGGAGGCUGCCCUUUGAACCGGGCGGGACCCCCGGGAGGCAGUGGGGUCUUCAGCUCCUCCUCCCGUCUCCUCAUUCCUCUUGGGGGGCUCUGAGGGGCAGCAAGGACACCAGGGGCGCUGGGGGGUCCGCGGGGGGCGCAGCUGCCCCUGCUUUUUGGGGGGGAGGUGGAAGAAAGCGGGGGCAUCGACGGGGCCCCCCUCGCCCGGGACCCCCAGAGCGGCCCUUACCUGCGUUGGGCGAGGGGGGAAGGCGGAGGGACUCACCUGUUGCCAGGUACGCAGGGAGGUUGGGGGGGUCCCUCUCCUCCCUUUGCACUUCCUUGCGGGAGAGGUACCCCGUUUCCCCGAAAGCAAGACAUCCCCCGAAAAUAAGACCUACUUCCAGUUUUGCCUCUCGCUGUAAUAUAAGGCCUCCCCCCUAAUAAGGCCACCCCGGAAUAGAAGGCCCCCGAAGCUACUGUAAGGCGUUGUACCCUAUACAGGUAAUAAAUUUCCUUUUUGGGGGGUUCAACAAUAAAUGUGUUCCGUAUUCUUCUUCAUGGAAAAAUAAGACAUCCCCUGAAAAUAAGACCUAGCGCAUCUUUGGGAGCAAAAAUUAGUAUAAGACACUCUUAUUUUUGGGGAAACGGGGUAGGAAAAACUCACAGGGGGCUUAUGUGUCCCCCCCCUUCAUUCCACCCCCUGGGUAGGCAAACUAAGACCCGGGGGCUGUAUCCGGCCCAUUCGCCUUCUCAAAACACGCUGAUUCCCGCAGACAGUCCGGGAAUCAGCGUGUUUUUACAUGAGUAGAAUGUCUCCUUUUAUUUAAAAUGUAUCUCUGGGUUAUUUGUGGGGCUGCCUGGUGUUUUUACAUGAGUAGAAUGUGUCCUUUUAUUCAGAAUGCAUCCCUGGGUUAGUUGUGGGGCAUAGGAAUUCAUUCAUUUUCUUCAAAAUAUAGUCCGGCCCCCUGCUGAAAAAGUUUGCUGACCCCUGUUCUACCCCCUUCUCUCCCAAAAUCUAGUUUGGGGUAGAAAUGGGUUGCUGAGAUGAUGGCUCUGGGGCACCCAUUUCACGCCCUGGGUAAGCUCUCAGCAGAGUUGGUAAACCACCCCCCCUUCCCUCCUCCUUGUGCUCCCUGCCCCCAAUAAAGUAGCCGGCCUCUUCUCAAGGGGCAAAGCAGGGCAAUAAAGAGGAGCAGUGAGCAGGGUGUGGCUCCUGUCACCAUCCCCGCUUGGGUUCGACUUCUGACCCUGUUCUUGGCUGCUUUUCUUCCCCUUCUGCCUUCCUCCCCCCAUGGCCAGGCUGCCUAUCUUGCAUGACUCACCCUAGGAUUUCACAUACACUUUGAGUGUCUCUGUAUGUUCCCUGCAGCUGCAAACGUGCUCCCUGGGUGUGCAAACCGACUGUCACAAGGAGUUCUUGGCCGUGGCCCCGGGGAAAUCCCAAAACCCUGUCGGAACUGGGGGUGGGGGACAGAGAAGUGAGGCCCCACAGACUGGCUGGUCAAAUGUGGCCCCCACCCGCCACUGCCUUCCUUUCCCAAAUGUUGCCCAUCUCCCAGACUUGUUCUAUCAAUAGCUAGGAGGAAUGAGGGUGGCUGGGUUUGCCUCCUAAAAUGGACAUUUCUCCUUGAGCUUUUCUGGCCUUGUAAAUAGAGACAGGCAGGGUCUCUGCAAAAGCGCCCCCCCAACUCUCAGCAAAGCCCCCACAUUGACUUAGAAAGGCUCAGGUGUUGGGAAGGCUUGAUGCAGGCACGUUCCUUCACAUCGACCCUCCGCUUUGGAGCUCUUGCUGAUGGUGCAGAAUAAUAUUUGGGUUGAGUUAGGUGUUAAAUUAAGGGACGCGGGUGGCACUGUGGGUUAAACCACAGAGCCUAGGGCUUGCCGAUCAGAAGGUCGGCGGUUCGAAUCCCCACGAGGGGGUGAGCUCCCGUUGCUCGGUCCCUGCUCCUGCCAACCUAGCAGUUCGAAAGCGCGUCAAAGUGCAAGUAGAUCAAUAGGUACCACUCUGGCGGGAAGGUGAACGGCAUUUCCGUGCGCUCCUCUGGUUCACCCGAAGCAGCUUAGUCAUGCUGGCCACAUGACCCGGAAGCUGUCUGCAGACAAAUGCUGGCUCCCUCGGCCAAUAAAGCGAGAUGAGCACCGCAACCCCAGAGUCAUCUGCGACUGGACCUAAUGGUCAGGGGUCCCUUUACCUUUUAGGUCUUAACUUGGGAUUGCAGGAGGAAGAACCCAGUAGAUGCAGAGAGGAUGAGCAGUCCCUGGUGGUAUAUUUGCAGAUAGCUAUGACGUCGUCCUGUUCCCCUGUGAGGAUGGGCGGGGGAGCCAGGUGCCCUUGGGCCAUGGAGGACUUUUGGUGGGGCAAGUGCAUCUCAUUCUUGCCCCCCCCCCUUCUUCCAAGAGCAUCAGAGGGUUCCCAAAGGUGACAGGGCUGGCCCUUCUCAUCUUGCCUUGGGACCUGACUCCUAGCUUUGCUGACUGGGGCUGAUGUGAGUCACGGUCUGAAACACUGGAGGGGGCAUCAGACCAGGGUAACGUCAGCCUAGAACAUCUAUCUGGGUGAGGUUGUAGCCGGAGCAGCUGGGAGACCCCGAAGCAAGGUGUGCAUCCAUCAACAGAGGUGGAUCAGAGAGCUACCUGUUCUGCAGGUGGAGCAAAAACCCAUUUAGCACCUAAAUACUGUUGUCUUGGACUACCUGCCCAGGUACUUCUGUUUUCUCUGGAAUGUGUGUCAUCAUACAGCCAGUCCCUUGUGCUGAUUCAACACUUCUGCUCUUUCACUCGAACUGCAUGAAAAGAGCAAGCGGUUUUAGGUAGCACCUGCAUAUUGAUUGUCCUUCAUCCCAAAUCUCCGGGUUGCCUCUCAGCAGCUUCAGGUGCCUGUUGGUAAGCUUGCGGAGGAGGGCUGCCUCCAAGGCGCUGCACCUGACUGGCCUGGGAUGGGGUACAAAGGAUGCAGACUCCGUCUAGGACUUACAAUGCAAAUUGCUCCAAAACCACAAAAGUGGCCGGGGUGUGUGUGUGCGUCCUGAAGAUGUGGGAUACAGCAGGACAUUUUGCUACUACAAAGCAGGUGUGGACCUUGUGGGUACCUGGAUGGAGGUAUUCCAAGGAGCCUUCUUUGCACUGCCUUUACUGCCACGGAGGGAAAUGGUCAUAACUAAACAGUGGCUCUAGUUGUGGGUGGAGGAAGAGGGUAGUUAGACAUUGCGUAUUUUGAGACAUGGACUGUUAAAUGCCAAGAGGCAUUCUGUUUCAUAGAAAGGAGCCUCUCCGAGACCUGAGUUACUAGUCCCUAGUGAUCCUGUGCAUGUUAAAUCUAGCUGACGUUGCAGUGCCAGGGUGGGGACUAGGCUCUUUAGGCCACAAUGUGACCCAGGAGUGGGUCACAACCUACCUGUGGAAGACGAUUUGUUGUCGUUUAGUCGUGUCCGACUCUUUGUGACCCCCUGCACCAGAGCAUGCCAGGCACUUCUGUCUUCCACUGCCUCCCGCAGUUCCGCAGUGGAAGACGAUUAGAACCAUAGAAUUGUAGUGUUGGAAGGGAUCCCGAGAGCCAUCUAGUCCAGCCCCCUUGCAAUGCAGGAAUCCCAACUAGGUCAUACGCGACAGGAGGCCACCCAACUUGCGUAAAAACCUCCAAGGAAGGAGAUUCCACCGCCUUUUCGGAGAGUCUGUUUCCUGCCAUACAGCAUUGUUUCGGGUAAACUGACGUACUCCACAACUUUGGAUCCUGCCUGUCUUUUGAGUCACCUCAUCUGGUUGCUCUGCCUGUCUAAGAAUCUGGACAAAAGAUACCUGGCAGCAGGUCUCACCAGCUUGUGCCUCGCCUGUUUUGCAAACAGAAGUGGCGGGCCCUCUCUGUCCUGUUUGCCAGCCCUGUUUUAUUGAAAUGGCGACACCUUGGCCUCCUUGCCUGGGGCUCUGUGCUGGGGUGGAGCAGAUCCUUGGUCUGGAUUGGGUGCCUCACUCCCCCGCUUGCCAAAAGCUGCCUUGGAAGGAGACGUGGAGGUGGCCGUGCUGGGGGCAACUGGCUCUCCAGCUCUGGCAGAUAAGCAAGACUUAUGGCACCAGGAUUCCCAGGGAGCCCACAGCUGAGCAACAAAUGAGUCUUCCUCGGUCCAGUAGACCUGAAGAAGUAUCUCCACCCCCAUCGUUCUGCCCAGACACUGAGGUCCAGCGCCAAGGGCCUUUUGGCGGUUCCCUCACUGCGAGAAGCCAAGUUACAGGGAACCAGGCAGAGGGCCUUCUCAGUGGUGGUGCCUUCCCAGUGGAACGCCCUCCCACCAGAUGUCAAAGGGAACAACAACUGCAAGACUUUUAGAAGACAUCUGAAGGCAGCCCUGUUUAGGGAAGCUUUUCAUGUUUGAUACAUUACUGUAUUUUAAUAUUGUGUUGGAAGCCGCCCAGAGUGGCUGGGGAAGCCCUGGCAGAUGGGCGGGGUAAUUAUUAUAUUACUAUUAUUCCUCUUCUACUCCCAGCCUGGGAUUGUGGACUGUUUGUCCCUCUAUCUCUGUAAGGCAGUGGUAGGCUACCUAAGGCCCGGGGGCCAUAUCUGGCCCAAUCGAUUCUAAAUCCGGCCCACGGACGGUCCGGGACUCAGCGUGUUUUUACGCUGUAGUAUGUGUGCUUUUAUUUAAAAUGCAUCUCUGGGUUAUUUGUGGGGCAUAGGAAUUGGUUCAUAUUUUUUCCCCAAAAUAUAGUCCGGUCCACCACAUGGACCGAGGGACAGUGGACCGGCCCCCUGCUGAAAAAUGUUGCUGACCCCUGCUGUAAGACUUUCUCUGGCAGCAGCCUUGCAAGGAUUUGGGCAAAGGCCUUUUCCCACGGAGGGGUCUCUGCCUCCCCCUGCAGAUGCUUAAGGCGACCCUUGGGCAGGAAUGGCUUUUGUGCCUUCUGGUGUCCCUGGGGAGGCUGGUGGUUGUAGUCUGGCUGGGAGACACUUGGUUCAGCGGCCUGAUCAAAAGAGCGUCAAAUGGUGUGGCUGCUGCAAAGCCGGAAGGAGCAAGGACUAUUGUGGGGCAGAGAGAAGCUCUUCGAUUCAGGUAGCAGCAGGCGGCUGGUCUCCUGCGUCUCUGCUCAAAGGGCACAAGGAAUCUGAGCUGAGCUGCCGCUGAGCAUGGCUGACCCAGAAACGCUCCGUUGUUGGCGGGGUUUUUUUUUUGGGGGGGGGAGCCCUUUGAACUCAGCCCCCUCCUUGCUGGGCUCUUGGGCUCUGUGUUGCAGUUCCAGCAUCACAGCUCCUAAAAGUGGAAAGCGGUAUUUUGAGACAUUUGGGUUUUUAAUACAGUGGUACCUUGGGAUGCAAACGGGAUCCGUUCUGGAGCCCCGUUCGCAUCCUGAACAGAACAGAAGACGCAAUAGUGCGUCUGCGCGGGUCGCGUUUUGCCGCUUCCGUGCAUGCAUGUGACGUCAUGUUGACCAUCUGCGCAUGCGCAUGCGGCGAAACCCGGGAGUAACGUGCUCUGUUACUUCUGGGUCGCCGCGGAGCGCAACCCGAAAAUACUUAGCCUGAAGUGUAUUUAUCCUGAGGUAUGACUUUACUGGGACGUGGGUGGUGCUGUGGUCUAAAGCACAGAGCCUAGGCCUUGCUGAUCAGAAGGUCGGUGGUUCAAAUCCCCACGACGGGGUGAGCUCCCAUUCCUCGGUCCCUGCUCCUGCCCACCUAGCAGUUCGAAAGCACGUCAGAGUGCAAGUAGAUAAAUAGGUACCGCUCCUGUGGGAAGGUAAACGGCGUUUCCGUGCGCUGCUCUGGUUCGCCAGAAGCUGCUUAGUCAUGCUGGCCACAUGACCCGGAAAGCUGUAUGCUGGUUCCCUCGGCCAGCAAAGCAAGAUGAGCGCCGCAACCCCAGAGUCAGGCACGACUGGACCUAAGGUCAGGGGUAAAGGUAAAGGUAAAGGGACCCCUGACCAUUAGGUCCCGUCAUGGCCAACUCUGGGGUUGCGGCACUCAUCUCGCUUUAUUGGCUGAGGGAGCUGGCGUACAGCUUCCGGGUCAUGUGGCCAGCAUGACUAAGCCACUUCUGGCGAACAAGAGCAGCGCAUGGAAACGCCGUUUACCUUCCCGCCGGAGCGGUACCUAUUUAUCUACUUGCACUUUGAUGUGCUUUCAAACUGCUAGGUUGGCAGGAGCUGGGACAGAGCAACGGGAGCUCACCCCGUCGCGGGGAUUCGGAACGCCAACCUUCUGAUCAGCAAGUCCUGGGCUCUGUGGUUUAACCCACAGCGCCACCCACGUCCUCAGGGCUACCUUUACCUUUUUAUGACUGUACUAUUUCUAGUGACUCAUAAGCUUUUUUGGGACCAGCAGCUCAGGGGCAUGAACUUGAAAAAUGUGCAGGUGAAUAGAACACCAGGUUCCCCACAAUAUUUUGGCUCUUGGAGAACUUCGUCUAAGCUGCCCGGUAUGUGUGUGUCUGAGGCAGUCAUUGAGGCACUAAUCUGCUUUUAUGAGCUGAUCACUUGUGGGCAACUUCCGUACUCUUGAAGGGGUGUUUGGAAUGAGCAGUGAUCCAUAAGGACAUAAGAGAGCCUCCUAGAUCAAGCCAAUGGGAGCCCAUCUAGGCCAGCCUCCUGUUCUCACAGUGGCCAACCAGAUGCCCUAGUUGGAAGCCUGCAAGGAGGAUUCGAACGCAAGAUCCUUCUUCUCUCCUGUGGCAUUCAGAAGCAUUUCCAUCACGGCCAGGAGCAAUGAGGGAUGUAUUGCUAGAGCAGUCAAAUAUCCUCUCCUACCUUCCUAGACAUUCCCACAGCCAUCCAUAGCUCUCUCCUCCUCCAUGAAUUCGUCCUGUCUUUUAAUGCCACCCCUGCCUCCUGCGUAAGGGAGUUCCAGAGUUUAACUGCAUUGCAUGAAACGUUUCUCUGUCCAAUUUCUCCAAAAGUCAGACACGACUAAACAGAGGCCUCAGCAAUAUAUCGACGUAAUGCCCAAUACCGGGCUGAAGUCCAAAUCAUGUUUUCGGUUUCAUAAUUUUUGACCUGGUGAUAUUUCACAAGAGUGUGUGUGUGCGUGCACGCUAUGCAGAAAUCACAAUGUGGGGAAAACCAUGAAGCAAGCUAAUGCUUCUAUGUCAGGCUUCCUCAACCUCGGCCCUCCAGAUGUUUUGAGACUGCAAUUCCCAUCAUCCCUGACCACUGGUCCUGCUAGCUAGGGAUCAUGGGAGUUGUAGGCCAAAAACAUCUGGAGGGCCGAGCUUGAGGAAGCCUGUUCUAUACAUUCUUGCCGUCCCUGUUAACUCGGCUCAUCUCUCCCCUGGCAGUGAAUCCUAAGAGCAGGAGCCGGCAAAAAUCACGUUGCGGGGAAAACUGUGAAGCCAGCCCAUGGCUCUGCGUAGCUCCAUCCUUAUUUUAGAUAUCGGUACCGUACAUCACAGUGUUUAGCUGAUGUUGUUGAAAACCAGACAUUGCCCAGCCCUACUGCAUGCCAUGAAUAAUUUUAUAAAUUUCUGUCAUGUCACCUCUUAUCUUUGUGCCGCUUCCCGUAUCUAAACCACCUCCUGGGAGGGAAGGAAAAGUGUAAGCUUGCCUAGGAGAAUGUGGUUUUCUCCUGCUAGGUCAGUUCCCUUUCUUGGUGGAAUGUAGCUGUGGGUGGCUGGCCACUAGCUCAGCCAAGAGAUCGAGAUAAAAGGCUUAUCCAGAUUAAGGGCUGUGAUGGAUGCUCCAGCAACACUGCCUUGCUUGGGGCUUAAUUCCUGGGAUUAAGAAACACCCUGGGGUCAAGUAGUGGAAAUGGCUCAGAUUUGUGGAGGGGAUGGACGAUUGUUGGGCUGGAGAAUGCGGAAGAAUCCCUUUUGCCACAUGCACCUAAUACAGUGGUGUCCAAACUUUUUUCAAAGAGGGCCAGGUUUGAUGAAGUGAAGGGCCGUGAGGGCCGACCAAAGGGCCAACCAAAAUUGUUGACCUUUUUUUAGGUUUGAAGUUGUUGAGCUUUCCCCCCCCCCCCCGGAUUCUGCCCUGGGAAUUAAACUGCAACAGGGGCCGGAUAAAGCCAACCGCCAGAUUAGGCCCCCAUAAUGGACUUUGGCCCCUUCAUGGAUCACUGCUUGCCAUGGCAAAGGGGCUUGAAUAACUCAGAGAAGCUAUGAACUAUGCCAAGCAGGGUACCCAAGAUGGACAGGUCAUAGUGGAGAGUUUUGACCAAACGUGAUCCACCUGGAGUAGGAACCGGCAAGCCACUCCAGUAUCCCUGCCAAGAAAACUCCAUGGACACGAGAUGGUUGGAUAGUGUUCUCGAAGCUACCAACAUGAGUUUGAGCAAACUGUGGGAGGCAGUGGAACACAGGAGUGCCUGGCGUGCUCUGGUCCAGGGGGUCACGAAGAGGCGCUUCUCCCCGCCGCCAGCCUCCAAACCAGGUUGGGGGACAGUGGGAUGGCGGCGUUCCGCCUCCCCGCUGUCCCCCGAGCUUGUGGGGCUGACGGCAGGUAGAAGCGCGCUUCUCCCCACCGCCAGCCUCCAAACCAGGUCGGGGAACCGAAGCCCGGGGCGCGCUGUGCAGCGUGUCCCGGGCUUCGAGAUGCAGGUUGCUAUCCGCAAGCCUAGGGGAGCCCGACGGGAACUCCCGCGGGCUCCCAAGGCUUGCGGAGAGUUUCCUGAAGCCUGGAGAGCGAGAGGGGUCGGUGCACACUGACCCCUCUCAUUCUCCAGGCUUCAGCGAAAGCCUGCAUUCGCCCCAUAGGACGCACACACAUUUCCCCUUCAUUUUUGGAGGGGAAAAGUGCGUCCUAUAGGGCGAAAAAUACGGUACGUUUUUAUUGAAAUUUUAUUGAUGUUAGCUACCCUGAGCCCGGCUCUGGCCAGGGAGGGCAGGGUAUAAAUAAAACUUAUUAUUAUUAUUAUUAUUAGUCCAGGAUCCUGAACUCAGUGGCCAACCAGGUGCCCCCACGGGAAAUCCUCAGGCAGGAUCCAAGCACAAGAGCCCCUUCCCCUCUCAAGGUUUUCAGCGACUGCGAGGGCAGAGCACAGCUUCUCUGGAUAAUAGUUAUUGAGAGCCCAGUCAUAGAAUCUGAGUUGGAAGCAACUAGGGCUGGGCAACACCUGCUUUCCAAGCAUUGUGAUAUACAGUGGUACCUUGGUUUAGGAGCUUAAUCCGUCCCGGAAGUCCGUUCUUAAACCAAAACCAUUCUUAAACUGAGGCGCGCUUUCCCUAAUGAGACCUCCUACUCCUGGUGCCAGUCCACCGUUCGGAUUCUGUUCUUGGACCGAGGUAAAGUUCUCAAACCGGGACAGUAUUUCCGGUUUGGCGGAGUUCGUAAACCGAAUCGUUCUUAAACAGAACUGUUCUUAAACCGAGGUAUCACCAGCUAUAAGCAUUGUGAUGUACUGAUAGAAUAAUGAUAAUAUGACUAAAAUUUAUUAUUUCUAUGCUACACAUCUGACUGGGUAACCCCAGCCACUCUGGGCGGCUUCCAACAAUAUCUCACAAUGUCUGAAGUAAGGAUGGAGCUCUGUAGAGGCACUCAUGGUCCCCCCCCCCACUUGUGAUUUCUGCACACACGUAUCAUGAUUUGUGAUAUAUUGCCAGGUCAAAAAUUAUGCAACCAAUAUCAUGAUAUGGACUUCAAACCAGUUUUUUGGAUGAUACUGCAUUGGCCUGAAUAUAAGCCUCACUUUCUCCCCCAAAUUCUGACCGUGAAAAGUUAAACGGCGGCUUAAAUUUGCGACCUUACAAAAAUUGGCUUUUGCGAUAUCGCUUCUGAAACGGACAUACGGUAAAAUGGAAUGGGUGAGAGUGCCUGCGGAAUUUUAAGGGAGCGGCUUAUAUUCGGGUAUUGUCUUUUUUCCUCUCCCCCCCAAUUUUAAAGGUGCGGCGUAUAUUCGGGCCAAUACGGUAUAUCGCCCAGCUCUGGAACAUUGCAACCCCCUGCGAUGCAAGAAUCUCGGCUGAAGCAUCCAUGACAGGUGGCAAUCAAGCCUCUGCUGAAAAACCUCCAAGGAAGGAGAGGUCCACAGCCUCUGCUCCAUGAACUGGUCUAACCUCCUUUUGAAGCCCUCCCAAGUUGGUGGCCCUCGCCGCCUCCUGUGGAGCAGCGCCCCCUCUGCAAAACCCCUGGUGCCUCCCAGAUGCUUUGACUCCCAAUGCCCAUCCGCCCCAGUCAGCACUGGGGAGAAGCCACAGAAGGUUUUGGGCAUGAGUGCUUUGGGGUGCGAAUGUGGCUGUGCAUUAACCUCUUCUCCCUGCCUGCGUCUAGGGCCGGCCUGCUUCUGCCCCUGCUUCCUCUAACCUCUCCAUCCUUCCUUUCUUCCUCCUUCCCUCCCAGAUGCCACAGACUUCAGGAUUCCCUGCUGAGCUCAGCCAGUGGCUACAGCAACUACCGGGGUAUAUUGAACUGGUGUGUUGUCAUGCUGGUGAGUAGCAAGAGUUUGCCCCUCUGCCCUUGCCCUCCUGCCUUGAGGCUGCUUGGCACCUCGUGCCAGGUCUCUUGCAGCACCUCUGCCCUCUUGAGCCUCCCAGCGGCAGCAACAGCAGCAGCUGCCAAUCCCCAGACAGAGGCACCCGGAUCCCUUCCCUGCAGAGGAGCUGGCCGGGAGCCAGGCAGACAGACACACUCCAGGGGCAAGGAGGCCGUUGUGGCCGUCCCUGAUGGCACAGAAGGGCUAUUGUGGUGUCGAUAGCCUGGCAAUCUGGUCCCAGGAUGCUGGCUCCUGGGGUAAUAAUAAUGAUAAUAAUAAUAAAUUUAUACCCCGCCCAUCUGGCUGAGUUUCCCCAGCCACUCUGGGCGGCUCCCACUCAAGUGUGAAAAACAAUACAGCAUUAAGUAUUAAAAACUUCCCUAAACAGGGCUGCCUUCAGAUGUCUUUUAAAGAUAAGAUAGCUGCUUAUUUCCUUCACAUCUGAAGGGAGGGCGUUCCACAGGGCGGGCGCCACUACCGAGAAGGCCCUCUGCCUGCGUUCCCUGUAACCUCACUUCUCGCAAAAAGUGAAGUGAAGCUGCGUGCUGGGGGAGGAGGCCUUAAGCAGCCUGAGCAAAAUGCUUGAACAAAUCAUGGGGCGAGAUAACCCUCCUUCUUCUGGCUGCUUAACUCUUGGCUAGCAUGGGGUCUGAGCUUUAAUAAUGAUAAUGAUAAUAAUUAAUAAUAAUAAUUAUUAUUUAUACCCCGCCCAUCUGGCUGAGUUUCCCAAGCCACUCUGAGUGUUCCACUUGAGUGUCAAAAACAAUACAGCAUUACGUAUUAAAAACUUCCAUGAACAAGGCUGCCUUCAGAUGUCUUUAAAGAUAAGAUAGCUGCUUAUUUCCUUCACAUCUAAAGGUAGGGCGUUCCACAGGGCGGGUGCCACUACCGAGAAGGCCUUCUGCCUGCGUUCCCUGUAACCUCACUUCUUGCAAAAAGUGAAGUGAAACUGCGUGCCUUUGCUGUGGGAGGAGGCCUUAAUCAGCCUGGGCAAAAUGCUUGAACAAAUCAUGGGGCGAGAUAACCCUCCUUCUUCUGGCUGCUUAACUCUUGGCUAGUGUGGGGUCUGAGCUUUAAUAAUAAUAAUAAUUUAUUUGUACCCCGCCCAUCUGGCUGGGUCUCCCCAGCCACUCUGGGCGGCUUCCAACAAAGAUUAAAAAUACAUUAAAAUGUCACACAUUAAAAGCCUUCAGAUGUCAGGUAGUUGUUUAUCUCUUUGACAUCUGAUGGCAGGGCGUUCCACAGGGCUGGCGCCACCACCGAGAAGGCCCUCUGCCUGGUUCCCUGUAGCUUUGCUUCUCGCAGUGAGAGACCCACCAGAAGGCCCUCUGAGCUGGACCUCAGUGUCUGGGCAGAACGAUGGGGGUGGAGACACUCCUUCAGGUAAUCAAGCAAUCAAGUCAGUGGAGGCAUGCUCCAUCCAUCUGAAGAGAGCCUCCAAGUUCAGAAGCAGUGUACCUGUGAAUAUGAGGUGCUGGGGCACACGCACACACAUGCCUGAGGGAUGCCUGUCUCUGCCUUCAUGCUGACUUUGUGGGCUACCCAGAGCACUUGGUGUUGCGAUGGAAACAGGGUAGUCUGGUCCAAUACGUCCCUCUAAUAAUAACAGUAAUACUUACAAUUUUUUUGUUUAUGCCCUGCCCAUCUGGCUGGGUUGUCUGGGUAAGAAGCAGCCCCAGCAGAAACUGGUCCUGCCAAGGUGCACAGAGGCCUUGGCGAAGCCUGGAAUUAGUCUGUGAAACUGAGUAGGCAGGACUUGGAGAGAAAGACGGGCAGCCUCUCUGUAGUAGUAGUAGAAAUAGUAGUAAUAAUAAUAAUAAUAAUAAUAAUAAUAAUAAUUAUUUAUACCCCACCCAUCUGGCUGGGUUUCGCCAGUCACUCUGGACAGCUUCCAACAGAAAACUCAAAUACAAUAACCUAUUAAACAUUAACAGCUUCCCUAAACAGGGCUGCCUUCAGAUGUCUUCUAAAAGUCUGGUAGUUGUUGUUCUCUUUGACAUCUGGUGGAAGGGCAUUCCACAGGGCGGGCGCCACCACCGAGAAGGCCCUCUGCCUGGUUCCCUGUAACUUCCUUUCUCGCAGCAAGGGAACCGCCAGAAGGCCCUUUGCUUUGAUUCUCCUCCUGCAACACUCUUGGGUGGGGGGCGGCCUCGGUGCUUGGCUGGCUCUGCUCCUGCUGCCCAGGCGAGGAGAGGCGAUGGCAGCAACUGGCACGUACCCCAAAGCGCUCUCUGGCCCCCUAGCCACUGGGCUCCACUCUGAGGCUGCCCUGCCCUGCCAGGAUAGAAAGCUAUGUGACGCUUCCAGGAAAAGCUCAACUUCCAGACUGGGAUGUUUAUGGAAAAUUAGCUUCCAGUGCCUGUUCUCUCCUACCCUGCAACUCCACUUACCCUCUUUGUGUAGGGGGCUUUCCAGUUUCAACCCCCAAAGCUUUCUGCUUUGGGUUCAGCUGGAGCCAGCAUGUCAGGGGCCAAUCCCGAAAAGGCCCCGCACUUUGAACUGCAGCCUGUGCAUCCCCAUCCCUAUCCAGCUUCCCCUUUGCUGAAGUACCACCCCCCUACUUCCUAAGGGGAAAACUGUGACUAGUGGGCCUGAUCCCUCCUGCUGUGCCCCCUCCUUGUUGUGGGGUGCUAGACAGGGUGGAGAACACUUCCUUGCCCUUCAUGCCAUGCUAAGGGUGGGCUGGGUGGAAGAAAUGCUCCCUUUUUCCUCCAAGGCAGCCCAGAUGUUGUUUAAGCUCCCUUCGGUCCGUCUGUCCCCAGUGGAGGAGAGGUGAGCUCAAGAACGCAGCAGGAGGGUGGUGUUGAAAGAGGAAGAGGGGCCCCCUGCGGAGUCCCUUCCACCUUUGCUCCCCACGACCUUUGCUCCCUGGACAUAACCCUGCUCACCCUCGAUUGGGAAAUCAGGCAGCAGGCAGGCUUGUGGUUUAGCAACAUGCCUCGCUAUCUUUCCAUCUCUUUCCUUGUCCUCCUCUGUAGCAACUGCUCAGGGUGAAACUCGCCCACACGGGCGGGAAGGCGUGUGGCAAGACAGCGUGGCUUGUCCUGCUGCCCAUCCCACAGCAAAAUAAUGAUGAUAUCAAGUUAAUUAAUUUUAUCCUGUUCUUCUGGCACUCUGGACGGCUUCCAAUAAAAUAUAAAAACAGCAGAACAUUGAGAACUUUCUUUUUUUUUUUUUUAAUAAGAUAUUUAUUAAGGUUUUUUUAAAAAUAUUACAAUAGAAAAGAAAAAGAAAAAAGAAAAAUACAAAAUAAAAACAGUUAAAAACAUACAUAUUUUCAGUUACUUAUUUUCCUUUAGCUUGUUUCCUGGACCUCCUCGUACCUCCCUUUUUUGUAUUCCACUUCGAUUUAUUGGGUCAGCAAAUCCUUUCCAUUAGAUUUUAACCCAUUUAUAUCCCUUUUUUUCAUAUUCUCUUAAAGCAUUACAGCUAGAAACCGCUUAAUUACUAUCCAACAUCAUUCUAUCAUUCAUUAAUUUUACAAUAUUUCUGUAAAUAGUCUUUAAAUUUCUUCCAAUCUUCUUCCACCAACUCUUCCCCCUGGUCUCGGAUUCUGCCAGUCAUUUCUGCCAAUUCCAUAUAGUCCAUCACCUUCAUCUGCCAUUCUUCCAAAGUGGGUAGAUCUUGUGUCUUCCAAUACUUUGCAAUUAGUAUUCUUGCUGCUGUUGUAGCAUACAUAAAAAAAGUUCUGUCCUUCUUUAGCACCAAUUGGCCGACAAUGCCCAGAAGAUAGGCCUCUGGUUUCUUCGGGAAGGUAUAUUUAAAUACCUUUUUCAGUUCAUUAUAUAUCAUUUCCCAGAAAGCCUUAAUCCUUGGGCACGUCCACCAAAGGUGAAAGAAUGUACCUUCAGUUUCUUUACAUUUCCAGCAUUUAUUAUCGGGCAAAUGAUAGAUUUUUGCAAGCUUGACUGGGGUCAUGUACCACCUGUAUAUCAUUUUCAUAAUAUUCUCUCUUAGGGCAUUACAUGCCGUAAACUUCAUACCUGUGGUCCAUAACUGUUCCCAGUCAGCAAACAUAAUAUUAUGUCCAACAUCUUGUGCCCAUUUAAUCAUAGCAGAUUUCACCGUUUCAUCCUGAGUAUUCCAUUUCAACAGCAAGUUAUACAUUCUUGACAAGUUCUUAGUUUUGGGUUCUAACAGUUCUGUUUCUAGUUUUGAUUUUUCCACCUGGAAGCCAAUUUUCUUGAGAACAUUGAGAACUUCCAUAAGGAGGUGAGCUGACAUUGCAGAAUGGAGAUUAAACAAAGAAAUAGUAGAGGAAGGUAAAAAUAAUAAUUAAAGAGUAUUUUGAGUUUGACCUCAAUCAAGGGGUGGAUGAGAAAGGGGUCUGGGACAGAAGCAAGGCAGUCCUAGGGGCUUACUAAUACAACAGAAUGCGUAUCUGAGGAAGUCGGAAGAAAGUAAAAAAUUGGAAAAUAUUAAUAUUGGAAAAUUGGAAAAUAUUUAAUAUUGGAAAUAUUAAAUGAGUUAGGAAGGAAAGGGGAAAAAAUAAUACAAAAACCUGGAAAUGUAGAAAUAUUACAAGAUUUACGAUAUUUACAAUAUUAAAAACUAUUACAAACAGCUCUCUAAGCUGCCUGACCAGUUGCCAGAAUUGUAGCUCUGUUGCCCCCAGUUGCUCCCCUCCCAAAGUGAUCAGUCCCGCAGAAUCCUCUUUAGUGCUGGGGGAGGGAAGGGCCUGAGACCAGCCUCCCAUUGCAUUGCAUUUUCUCAUUUGUAUCCUUAUUUAUUUCACAAAAUUUAAUCACCUCCAAGCGGUUUACAGAAAAGAUAAAGCCAUAAAAAUUGGGGGUGGGGGCGAGAAUUGCAAUACAUUAAAAUGUGCAAUAAGUUAAGACUGGGAACUGUUAUGGACCACAGGUAUGAAAUUUACGGCUUGCAAUGCCUUAAGAGAAAAUAUAAUGAAAAUGAUUUAUAGGUGGUACUUAACCCCAGUCAAGCUAGCAAAAAUCUAUCAUUUGCCCGAUAAUAAAUGUUGGAAAUGUAAAGAAAGCGAAGGUACUUUCUUUCACCUUUGGUGGACGUGCCCAAAGAUCAAGGCCUUCUGGAAAUGAUAUAUAAUGAAUUAAAAAGGUAUUGAAAUAUACUUUCCUAAAGAAACCAGAGGCCUUCCUCUUGGGCAUGGUCGGCCAAUUGGUGCGAAGGGAAGAUAGAACUUUUUUCAUGUAUGCGACAGCAGCAGCAAGAAUACUCAUUGGGAAAUACUGGAAGACACAAGAAUUGCCUACCCGAGAAGAAUGGCAGAUGAAAGUGAUGGACUAUAUGGAACUGGCUGAGAUGACCGGCAGAAUUCGAGACCAGGGAGAAGGGUCGAUGGAAGAAGAUUGGAAAAAAUUUAAAAUAUAUCUUCAGAAAGACUGUAACAUAAAAGAAUGUUAGAAAGAGGUUGGAAAAAGAAUAUUAGGCCGUUUUGGCAGACAUGAUAUAAUGGAUUAAGUAAAAAUGAAGUAUAGAAAUUGAGGACAGAGGAGGUUUAACUAUAUUAUUGAACGUUAAAAUAAGUAAAUGAAAAGAAGGCUAGAAGGAUUUGCUGGAAAUACAAAUUAAACUAGAAUACAAAGCAGGGAGGCGAGAGGAGGUCACGGAAAUAAGUAAAGGAAAAAAGGCUGUAAAGGUUUAACUUGAUUUUUGUUUUAUUUUAUUGUAAUGUAUUUGUAUACUUUUUGUUGAGUUUUUCUUAUUGUCUGUUUUUUGUUAUAUGCUUAUUCUAUUUUGUAUGGUUUUUUCUUUCUUUGUAAUUUUAAAAUUGGAAUAAAUAUCUUAUAAAAAAAAACAACACGUGCAAUAAGUUAAAACACUAAAUCAGAUUAUAAUUCCCUCCAGCAUUUCUAAGCAUGUGGGCAGGCUUGUCUGAACAGGAAAGUUUUAGCAGAAAUUCUGCGCUGAAGGCGCCUGCUGGCUAUCGAGAGACAGUUAUGGCUGGUUUUUGAGAUUGGGAUUGGAAGGAAAGGGGUUGGGGUUGGCAUUUCCUGCGGGAGCUGCUGCUCACUUCUACCCUUUCUUGUCUUCCAGGUCUUGAGCAAUGCUCGCCUCUUCCUAGAGAACCUCAUCAAGUAAGUCUUGCGCUCCUCUUCGGUUGGGGUGGGGGGCUGGCAGCAGUGGAGAGACCUCACCUGGGAUGCCACAAUUCUACCAUAGCAGAUCAGAGUGGAUGUGACAGGCUGCCUUUGGGGGCAGGCAUAGGCAAGCUCCGGUCCACCAGAUGUUUGGGACUACAAUUCCCAUCAUCCCUAGCUAACAGGACCAGUGGUUAUGCUCCGCGCGGGGCUGCCCUUGAAGCUGUCCCAGAAACUCCAGCGGGUGCAGAAUGCUGCAGCGAGGCUCCUCACGGGGUCUCUGCCAUGGGAGCAUAUUCACCCAGUGCUUUUCCAGCCGCACUGGCUCCCGGUGGAGUACAGGGUCAGGUUCAAGGUGCUGCUUUUGACCUUUAAAGCCCUUCACGGCCUAGGACCCUCGUACCUAUGGGACCGCCUCUCCCGGUAUGCCCCAUGGAGAGCCUCAAGGUCCAUAAUUAGCAACACCCUAGUGGUCCCGGGUCCUAAGGACGUUAGAUUGGCUUCAACCAGAGCCAGGGCCUUUUCGGCACUGGCCCUGGCCUGGUGGAACACUCUGCCUCAUGAAACCAGGGCCCUGCAGGAUCUGAUUUCCUUCCGCAGGGCCUGUAAGACAGAGAUAUUCCGCCUGGCCUUUGGCUUGAAGCCAAUUUGAUUCCCUCCCCCUCUUUUCUUUUUCCUUUCUCCUCCUGUGAUGAGGCUGCAUUUUAAUAUUUUAAUGUUUCAAUAUUUUAAUUCUUGUAUUUUAAUCUUGUUUUUAAGUUGUAGUCAUUCAACUUUGCUUGUUAGCUGCCCUGAGCCCGACCUUGGCUGGGGAGGGCGGGGUAUAAAUAAAAAGUAUUAUUAUUAUUAUUAGUCCCAAACAUCUGGAGGGCCAGAGUUUGCCUACGCCUGCUUUGGGGACCUGUCUCUUGUUGCUCUCAGAAGCAGCAAGGAGGAGGGCAGAUCCUGGGGCCUUGGGGGGGGGAGAGGAGGGGAGGGCUGCAGCUCAAGGGCAGAGCACCUGCUUGGCUUGCAGAAGGUCGCUGCUUCAAUCCUCAGCAUCUCCAGGCAGGACUGGGAGAGAGCCAUGGUUGCCAGACAGUGCAGGGACAUAGGAAGGCACCCUCUGUGAGUCGGACCUUCAAGGGACAAGGAGGUGCCAACUAAACAUUAGGAGGAACUUUAUGAGGGCAAGAGCCAUUCAGCAGCGCAGAAGAUGACCUUGGGAGAGAUGGCUGACUCUCCUCCCUUGGAGGUUUUUAAGCAGAGCUUGGGUGACCAUCUGCCAGAGAUCAUUUACAGGUGAAACUCGGAAAAUAAGAAUAUCGUGGAAAAGUUCAUUUAUUUCAGUAAUUCAACUUAAAAGGUGAAACUAAUAUAUGAGAUAGACUCAUGACAUGCAAAGUGAGAUAUGUCAAGCCUUUAUUUGUUAUAAUUGUGAUGAUUAUUUCAUACAGCUGAUGAAAACCCCAAAUUAACAAUCUCAGAAAAUUAGAAUAUUAAAUGAAAUCAGCAAAACAAGAACUGCAAAUAGAGCUUCUAGUUUCUCCCUCCCCAAGUGGGGUAUCCCUGGGCCUGGGGUGGCUUGAUCCUGAGAGUGCCUCCUUGUCAAUGCGCAGCUUGACUGCCCAGCACAUCCCCUGGUGUUGCAGGAAACCCGCCCCCCCAUCAUUCAGUUUGUACAAACACGACACACACACACACUCACACACGACAUAUGCGGCGUUUCUGUUAUAAAUUCAUAGUAAAUCAACCGUACAUUGGAUUUACACCAGUCCACUUUUAUUUUGCUCCAUGAAGGAAGGACUAUCAAAGGGGGAUGGUUUGAUACAGGACAGCCAUAAUCCCUUAACCCUACCAACACGUACUCAGGAGCCCUGCCCAGUUGGCAUGGCAACCUUGAGGGUCCCAGACAGAAGACCAUCAAGGACACAAGGGACUUGCAUAUGGGAGUGGAUUCAACACAGACUGGAACAAAGGACAAUGAUCAGCUCUUCCCUCUGGGGGCAGGAAACUGCCAACUCCCCUUUGUCCUAUGGAAAUGACUCAUGGGGAGGGGAAAAGGAGGAACAAGCCAGGUGACAAAAUACUCAGGUUAUUUCCACAACCCCUCCCUCAACCCCUCCUUUUUGUGAUGUGUCAAUGAUGUGGUCAUGAUGUAGUUGUGAUGUAGUUCUAGGGGUGUAGCUUGGGGGAUUAGUAGCUAAUAAAAGUUGGGGUCUUCUUUUGUUCGGGGCUUCCAUCUUGUUCCACCUGGUGGCAGGUGGAAGUCCUGUCGCGACAGUCUUCAAUCAAGACCAAGCCUACAGGCUGCUGUUUUGCUUCAAAUUGUCCUGGUUGGUGUCUUUGUUUUUUGCCCAAGGGAGCCCUCAGAUUCCUCCGUUAACACUGGGAAGCCAAAUGCCUCCCGUCGUCCUGCCCUUCUCCCAAAGGACAUGGAGCCAGCAGACAGGAGAAGGCCUUCUGCAUCAAGCAAGUCCUCCCAUAGGGGUGUGGAACAAAGGGCUGCAGCUUUCUCACCCAAGCUGCCUCCUUCCUGGGUCUGCAUUGUCCGACUGGGAUGGAGGAGAGCGUGCCUCUGACCAUGUGCUCCUUCCCUCCUCAGGUACGGCAUCUUGGUGGACCCCAUCCAGGUCAUCUCCCUGUUCCUGAAAGACCCCUACAGCUGGCCUGCCCUGUGCCUUAUUAUCGGUGAGUCAAGUGAUCUUGGCAUUUGUCUUGAAUUUCUCUGCACACCCAGCAGACGCCUGGUCUCCGCUUGGCUCCUUCCACUUGCACCUCUUGAAGAGCUUCUUGCUUACAAUACUCCUCGCGGCCUCUGUGUCCUGCAGCUUUUGGGUCCCUGGUGCUGCCGGUCUCCUGCACCGUUCAGAUCAGGGCUCUUGAGUGAGGCAAUGCGUGUGCAUGAGAGAGAAAGAGGGGUUGGAGGUGCCGGGGGAUGAAUGGGUGGGAGUGCCUUUCUGGGGUUCUGCUAGAUGAGCCUUGGGUCCCUUCCAACCUGCAGGCUUGCAAAUUCCUGGGCUGGCUGAGAACAGGGACCCAAAUCCUUGUUCCUGGUUGCCUGCACUGCCCAGCAAUGAUUGCCAACAUCUGCUUUCCCCCCAGUGGCCAAUGUGUUCGCUCUGGCAGCUCUGCACAUUGAGAAGAGGCUGGCGGCGGUAAGUGUGCUUUGGGGGGGCAGGCUGGGAUCCCUUGCGAAGCGGGCUCUCUUUAGGGCUUAGGCUCAGGCUAUCUGAAGGAUCGUGUUCAGCCACACCGACCUGCCCGGGCUCUGAGAUCUUCAGGGGAGGCCCUUCUCUGUUCUGCCACCCUCACGGGCAUGCUGGGUGGGGGCGCAGGAGAGGGCCUUCUCGGUGGUGGCUCCUCCAAGACAACUUUGGAAGUCCUUUCCUAGAGAAGCCAGACUGGCUCCCUCCUUGUCCUCCUGCUGGCCGGUGAAGACCGUGUUUUCCUUUGGGAACUGACUGUUCUUCUUUUUAAGGAAGCGCUUGUCAUAGUGCUGCGCUGUUUUUAUUACCAGUACGUAUAUAUAUACACAUAUACAUUCACAUAUAUAUAAUUUUUGUGUGUGUGUGUGUGUAUACAUAUAUAUAUAAAAUAUUAUAUAUAUGUGUGUAUAUAUAUAUAUACUGUUUUAAUGCUAUUAGAGUUUAAUUCCCCUUUUGACUGUUACAGCUGAUAAUGCUUUCAGCUUUGUAUCUGCAUCAUAUUAAUUUGUUUAAGCUGCCUUGAGUCCUGGUUUACAACACCCUGAUAUCUCUUGAUAAUGGGAGGUAUAUAAAUUGAAAUAAUAAUAACAACAACAGGCCCCCCUUUUAGGGGUGGGCAGGUAGCGCUUAAGGUGGCCAUAGAGCAUUCCCCCUGUUUCCCUUCCUUCCGCAGGGCUCUAUGUCGGAGCACCUUGGGGCCGUCCUGCACACCGUUAACCUCCUGACAAUCUUAUGCUUCCCUGCGCUGGUGACUCUUGCUGUCACCUCCAUCACGCCAGGUGAGUUGUCCACUUGCUCUGAAAAGGCGGCUUUCUGGUGUGGGUUCCUGGGUGGCAGGGCCCCUAGAUUGGGGGUGGGAAGCCUCAGGCCUGGGGGGCCGGAUGCAGGAGAGGCGUACGUUUCUUCUCUCUCUCUGCGUAACUAGCCUAUUGUGCAGAAUCAGCAUCUGAAUUUGACGUCCCACCCCCUUUUGCCUGGUCCGUCCCACCCGCCUCUCACAUCUGGCCCCCAGGAGGUUGCUUUGAAGGGAAUGCGGCCCUUGAUUUGAAAAGCAGCUUUCCCACAUGUCUGAAAUAAGGUUGGAGCUACAGAGAGGCAUUGCCUGGCUUCACAAUUUUCUCCACAUCGUGAUUUUGGAUAGCGCACGCGCAGACACACACAUGUCAUGAUUCGCGAUAUAUCACCAGGUCAAAAAUUAUGGAACCGAUAUCACAAAACGGGCUUCAAACUGGUUUGGGGUGAUGUAUCGCUCUCUUGCCCCGCCCUACCGCUUGCUGUCCAGGCAGAGGUGGGCGGUGAGCUGGGAGGUUUCUGAUCUCUCCUUGCUAAGAAGAUGCUGGCGCACAAAGUCACCUUGUCCUGUCUCCCCCCUCAAAGUAGCCUUUGAGAAGAGCUACCUCUUUUCCAUGGGCAUUGGUCAGUGUUAACGGAGAAAUCUGAGGGCUCUCUUGGACAAAAAAACAAGGACACCAGCCCAGGAAUACCAGGGCAAAACAGCAGCCAGUAGGCUUGGUCUUGAUUGAAGACUGUCGCGACAGGACUCCCACCUGCCACAACGUGGAAUAAGAUGGAAGCCCCAAACAAAAGAGGACCCAAAAUUUUAUUACCUGCUAAUUCCCAUGUUACACCCCCCCAAACUACAUCACUCAUACAUCCCGGUUACAUCAUGAAAGGGGAGGUCUGGUGGCAGUAAUCUGAGCAUCCUGGACCCUGCCCCAUGGUUCUCCUUGCCCUCCACCAAACACCCAUCAAGUGAAACAAAAUAGAUAUUUACAUUUCCCUGUUUCCCAGCCAAGUUAAUCACACCCUUUUGUCUUCAUCUGGGUUUGGUAUUUCUGGAAUGGCUACCUGUCUUGGCCCUCAGGUACCAGGAUGCCAGGGAUUAUCACUCAGGCAGAGGGGCUGCUGGGUAGCUGAGCUCACAUGUCUGUAUGAAUUUCUGAAGUUUUCCCAGGGAGCCAGUACAGAGAUACAUUUAUCAGUGAAUUCUUACAUUUGGUGUUGUGCCGCAAAGGCCCUUUGCAUAGAUAGGAAGGAACUGUGAUGAAGUGUUUUGGGGACAAAUCACAAAAGCGAUUGUGCUGAUUUUGGUAGUGGGCUGCAUGUGCACGAUAUCUGAUGGAGGGGCAACCCCCCCCCCCGAACCUAUACAUAAAUUCCUGCAACAUCAGGGAGUCAGGCUGGCUUCACCCCCUUCCUGUCUCCUCUGGGGCUGCGUGCUGCGUCUCUCACUCACCUGCUUCUCUCCUCCCUCCGCAGUUGGGGCCGUCUUUGCUCUGAGCGUCCACACCAUCCUUUUCCUCAAGCUCUUCUCCUUCAAGGAUGUCAACAUGUGGUGCCGGGAGAAGAGGCAAGCCAAGGCCGCCCGAACCCGCUCCGGUGAGCUCUGACUUUGGGGAUAUGGGGGGGGGGGAGCCAGGCCUGGUGGGGGUACCUGAGACCCUUCCUGCCCCCGAGUGCCAACUGGGGCUUUGAAAGAGGGUUGGACAAAUUCAUGGAGGAGGAGAGGAGUGUCCGUGGCUACAAGCCAGGCUGGCUAGGCUGUUCCUCCUCUCUUGGAGGCCACAAGGCUCCUGAUACAAGCUUCUGGAAGCCACAGGAGGGACUCGGGUCCUGUGCGCCAGUUUCCCAUGGGGGCAUCUGGUUGGCCGCUGCCAGAAGAGGAUGCUGGCAACACGAAGACCAGAACGCUAGAUAGCACUGCAAUUCUUAUUGCAUGAUAUACAUGAUUUAGUACAACAAAAAAAUGUGUACACUUGUAAAUUCUCUUAUAUAUUUGAAAUCAAAUGAACACACGUCUGUAAAUCUUUGAAAGUCUGUAGAAGUAUAAGAAGUCUAUAGUUGAAACAAAGUAAUAGAUGCUAUCCUGUGGGCUAAGGGGUAAAAAAAAUUUAGGCGUUCAUGGUGCCAAAGUAGUAAGUGAAUAACAACGUAGGACAGUGAUCCCGGAUAAUCUGAUUGUUUGCUGGAAUCUUCUUAGCACAACCCAUAGAUUAGAAAAAUGCACAUAGAGCAGUGGUCAUGAGGAUAUGUAUGUAUGUUAUCCGGCACCUGCCCACACUGCCAAAAGUACCAAAACCUGGUUCAAUGCCCAUGCUUCUCAGAGGUCCAAUAUUGCUCUAUUUGCAAUCCUUGUUUUGCUGAUUUGAUUUCAUAUUCUAAUUUUCUGAGAUUGUUAAUUGGGGUUUUUCAUCAGCUGUACGCCAUGAUCAUCACAAUGAUAACAAAUAAAGGCUCGACAUAUCUCGCUUUGCAUGUCAUGAGUCUGUCUCAUAUAUUAGUUUCACCUUUUAAGUUGAAUUACUGAAAUAAAUGAAUUUUCUGCUAUAUUCUAAUUUUCCGAGUUUCACCUGUAUUAGAGAAUUUACAAGUGUACACAUUUUUUGUUGUUGUUGUACUAAAUCAUGUAUAUCAUGCAAUAAGAAUUGCAGUGCCAUCUAGUAUACUGGUCUUUGUGUUGCUUGUAUCGUUUGUUGUGUUAAGUUUGCAACACGGGUUUGUUGUUUUGUAUAGAAGAGGAUGCUGGACUGGUUGGGCCCCUUUUGACCUCAUCCAGCUGGCUCCUCUUCCAUUCUAAUGUCCUUUUAUGUGCAUCUUUAUGGUCUGAGUUGACUUCUGGUCUGAGGGACCCCAAGGGUCAUCUAGUCCAACCCGCUCCCCCCAAUGCAGGAAUAAGGCAACGACUGUGGGUAGCUCAGCUGGUAGAGCAGGAGACUCUGAAUCUCGGGGUCGUGGGUUCAAGUCCCAUGUUGGGCCCAAGAUUCCUGCCUCGCAGGGGGUUGUUCUGGAUGACCUUUGGGGUUCCUUCCAACGCUGCCAUUCUCUGACCUGUGUCCUCUGACUGAUGCCCUUCAUUGUCUAUUCCAGCUGCCGGGUCGCAGAAGGCCAAUGGGAACGUGGCCUCGGGGGCCGUGGCUUACCCAGCGAACCUGACCUAUAGAGGUAACGUGGCCAGGCAAGACCUGGUUGGCGGGCGGUUCCCUGUAGCUCUGGCAGGGUUGGGGGGAUCUGCGGCGACGCCAUCCUGGGGCUGACACUCCUGACACCCCCCCUUCCUCUGGGAGGCUUUGUGGCACUUGCCUUCCCCUGGAGGGUUGGACUCGAUGGCCCUUGUGGUCUCUUCCAACUCUAUGAUUCUAUGAUUCUAUGGAGUGUGAUGGCUCCGAGGUCAAAGGUCCCCUGGGAUUCUUCUGCUCCCUACCCCCCACAUUGGGGAACAGGGGAAGCUGCCUUGUUUGGAGUCAGACCAUUGGCCCAUCUAGGGCAGUGUUCCCUGCACUGACCGGCAGCAGCGGCUCUCCAGGAUUUCAGGCAUCCAACUUCCCCCAGCCUUGCUUGCCUGGGGAGAUGCUGUUGGAGGGGGUGGGUGGGUUGGGGCCGGGGUAUUCUGCACGCAACACGCUUUCUCUGUGCCUGAGCUGCAGUCCUUUUCCCAAAGGGAGAGGCCAGCUCCUGUUUGAUGCCCCUGCCCUUAACGCGCCUCUCCUUCUAUUUCCACGGCAGACCUUUACUACUUCCUCUUCGCACCGACCUUGUGCUACGAGCUGAACUUCCCGCGCUCUCCUCGCGUCCGCAAGCGCUUUCUGCUGCGCAGGCUGGCUGAGAUGGUGAGACCCCCCUGCCCUGGGUCUGGAGGCGACCCGUCUUCGUUGCCCCCUGCCCACCCCCAGCUCCCCACCCCCUUUGCAAGGCAAUGAAGGCUAUAAUACAGUCAUACCUUGGGUUAAAUGUGCUUCAGGCUGAGCAUUUUCAAGUUACGCUCCGCGGCGACCUGGAAGUAACGGAGCGCGUUACUUCUGGGUUUUGCCGCUUGCGCAUGCACAGAUGCUAAAAAUGAUGUCAUGUGCAUGCACGGAAGCGGUAAAACUUGUGCAUGCGCAGUCGCGUCUUACAUUUUACUCAGGAUGCGAACAGGGCUCUGGAAUGGAUCCCGUUCGCAUCCAGAGGUACCACUGUACUUUCAAAUUUGGGGAAUCUUCCCUUUGAGUCGAACAUGGGGGAAGCCGGCUGCGAGUCCCCGUGACGGUGGCUGAAUAUUUAGCGCAAGUUGCGCACACCUAAGGACCCCCCCCCCACGCCAAGAAGACUCUGCCUGCCUCCCCUGUCAUAUUGGAGGGGUCGGGAACGCACCCAGUGAAGUGUUGGGGCCGUAGGGAGGGGGUGGGAACCUCUAGCAAGGAAGGCUCAGGGUCUUGGAAGGCCUGCAAGGUUGUGGGAAAGAGUUUUGGCCUGGAGGCUGGGUGUAGGGCCCAUCCUGCCUGGCUGCCGGCGGAGCUGCCGAUAGGAACAUAAAGAGACCCCUGCUGGAUCAGGUUAAUGGCUCAUCUGCGCUGUGGGUUAAACCACAGAGCCUAGGACUUGCCGAUCAGAAGGUCGGCAGUUCGAAUUAUUAUGGGAAACCUGCAAGCACAACAUGAGCGCAACACCCUGUUUUGGGAAGCCCUGUUUAGGGAAGUUUUUAAUGUUUGAUGUUUUAUUGUGCUUUUGAUAUUCUCUUGGAAGCCUCCCAGAGUGGCUGGGGAAACCCAGCCAGAUGGGCGGGGUAUAAUUAAUAAAUAAAUAAAUAAAUAAAUAAAUAAAUAAAUAAAUAUUAUGCCACUGUUCCCUCCUGGCAUUAUUAUUAUUAUUUAUUAUGCCACGGAGAAGCAGGACUAAGAUGUGGAGAUAUGCUCCAGAGAUCCAGACCGUGGGGUGCCCCAAGAAAUUAAUAAAUAUAAUUUGAACUAUAAUUUCAUCUUUUUUUUUAGUUUUUUAAUUGAAGUAUUAUGAUUAGAUAUUUAAUUGGAUGUUUUUUAUUGGAAAAUCAAUAAAAAUGAUUUUUUAAAAAAUAUGCCACUGUCCCCUCCUGGCUAGCAGCCAUCGACUGUCUCCCUCUUCCAUCCAUGUGUCCGAUCCGGCUUUUAAAGUCUUCCAGUUUGGUGGCCGUCCUGCCGCCUGCAGGCGUAAGUUCCAUAGAUUAACGAGAGAGAAAAGGACUUUCCUGCACCUGACCCGAACCUUCCAGCCUCCCGCUUCCUUGGACAUUCAUGAGUUCUCGUGUUGAUGGUGUCUCACUCCUGGCCUCUUCUUUUUCUCCCCCCUUUUCCAGCUCUUCUUCCUCCAGCUGAUGGUGGGGCUGAUUCAGCAGGUAAGUGGGGGCAGGUGGGGCUUACUCUGUACCUGCUGCUGGCACCUUUGAAGCACAGGGCAUGGCAGGGGGUCUGGCCAGAGAGCACCACCUGGGCAGGGUGCCUAAAGGAGACCACAGGCUCUCUCUGGUUCCAGUCUAGAAGUGGCCAGGAGCUGCCCUGUGCCCCCUUCUGGAGUGUCUGGUGCAGAGUUGGGGGGCAAACAAGAUGCUGCAGCAGACACGGGAGGCCAAGGACGGGAAGGGGUGCAGAGAUGGUUGCCACCUUCCCUGAUUCAACUGCUAAAACCGUUUGGAGGUACUGGAACACUCCCAUUGAACAUCUGCCUGACUUGGCAGUUCUGCAGGGAUGCUGCAUGUGGGCUGAAGCUGAUCUGCCUAGAUGGAAGCUUGUUACGUUAUUACUGUAUUUUUUGCUCUAUAAGACGCACUUUUCCCCUCCUAAAAAGUAAGGGGAAAUGUGUGUUCGUCUUAUGGAGCGAAUGCAGGCUGCGCAGCUAUCGCUGAAGCCAGGAGAGCAAGAGGGAUCGGUGUGCACUGAUCCCUCUUGCUCUCCUGGCUUCAGGGAUAGCCACACAAAGCCUCUUGAGCACAGCGGGAGCACUCCUGCCUCUUCGCUCAGGAGGCUUUGCGUUGAGGCUUCCCGCUCGCUGUCCUGGCUUCUGGCUUAGCCACUCGCAGCCUCUUCCGGGCAGGGGGAGCCUUCAUCCUGCUGCCCGGGAGAGGCUGCGCGCUGCUGUCCCAGAAGCCAGAACAGCAAGAGGCUAUCCCAGAAGCCAGAUCCCUCUUGCUGUUCUGGCUUCUGGGAUUCAGAAUUUGUUUUUCUUAUUUUCCUCAUCCAAAACAUAGGUGCGUCUUAUGGUCUGGUCAGUCUUAUAGAGCGAAAAAUACGGUAUUUAUUUAAACAUUUGACAUACCGCUUCGCUGGAAUUGUCUUCCCGAGUGGUGUGCAGAAAAAGUAAAAAAUGGUUAAACCUAAGAUCAGACUUUGGUGGAAAUUCCUGUUGGAAUAAAAAGACAAAUUCUUCAGCGAGUGCUGGAAGUCCAAGAGGGGAGCAGGAACUGAAGAAGGGUGAUAGUGCUGGUGGUUGGAAGAGGGGUCUGUUCAGAGGCUCUGAGACCUUUCUGUCUAGGUAGGGGUCAGAGCAGGGACUUUUCAGAGCUUGGUGGUAUGUUUUGGGUCCCAGUAGCUGGAGGAGUUGGGGCAGCCUUGCCUUGUGAUCAGAGUUGGGGUUGGUUCUCUAUACUGCACAAGGGUGACUUUUCUUUCCUCCAGUUUGGAAAUUGUUUCCUAUUUGGUUGUGUAUUAUUUUUAUGCAGUUUACUUAUUGUUUGUUGGGAUGCGGGUGGCGCUGUGGGUUAAACCGCAGAGCCUAGGACUUGCCGAUCAGAAGGUCAGCAGUUCAAAUCCCCGCGAUGGGGGGAGCUCCCGUUGCUCGAUCCCUGCUCCUGCCAACCUAGCAUUUCGAAAGCAUGUCAAAGUGCAAGUAGAUAAAUAGGUACCACUCCGGUGGGAAGGUGAACGGCGUUUCCGUGCGCUGCUCUGGUUCGCCAGAAGUGGCUUAGUCCUGCUGGCCACAUGACCCAGAAGCUGUACGCCGGCUCCCUCGGCCAAUAAAGCGAGAUGAGCGCUGCAACCCCAGAGUCUGGACCUAAUGGUCAGGGGUCCCUUUACUUAUUUAUUGUUUAUGACUUUUUUAAUUAAGUAAAUCUUGCUAUGCUGUAAGCUGCCUUGAACAUUGUUUUUUAAACUGUGGAAAGGCGGCAUACAAAAAAUAAGAUCAUGAUGAUGACUUCUGUGCCACAGGGCCAGAGAACAUUCCCUCAAACCAAGGAGGCUAAGCUGGGUUGUAUCUUAUGGGGCUAGGCUAGAUGACCCCUGGGUUUUACCCGCCCCCGGGCCCUAUUAACCUGAUUUUAAUGUGUGCUUGUUGCAGUGGAUGGUCCCCACAAUCCAGAACUCCAUGAAGCCUUUUCGGGUAAGCCAUGCCCUGGGGACCCCCUUCUCCACCAUGGUGCUGGGGAACUGCUUGUGGACACCCCCACCCCCAAGAAAGCAGGACUGGCCCACAACGUGCCCUUAGAGCUGUAAUGGGAAGAGUGGGCAGGGAGAAAUGAUACGCUUCUGAGUUUUAAAAAACCACAGCUUAGCUUAUGGCUGGCCUGGUGGCCUCUUAGGUGCUCAGCACCUGCAACUAAGGGAGGGGUCUGCAAGGUGUGUUGGGUGCCAGCGUCCCAGAGGAGAGCUGCCCAGACAGCUCACCCCCCAAGAAGACACAGGGGCUUGGUGCUUUCUGCCAUCCACACCCCGGAUGGGUCAAUGACAUUUUGCAGCUGACUCUUGCUCUCCUCUCCCUUGCAGGACAUGGACUAUUCCAGAAUCAUCGAGCGCCUUCUGAAACUCGCUGUACGUACCACAAACUGUGCCCAGGUGUCCUGGAAAGGAAGCCCAGAGGGUUGGGAUGGGGAUGGGAGCAGGCCUCUGGGGUUGGAUCCCGCAAGGCGAGUCACAACUGGGGGCUGUCCAGGUCCUUUGGACUACGGUUCCAAUCACUCCCAGCAUCAAACGGACAAGAUGGUGGGAGUUGUAGUGGGGGGCCGGACUAUAUUUUGAAAAAUAUAAAUACCCUGUAAGCCGGUCCCGCAGCUGCCUCUGGACCUGGAGGAGGAACGCACUCUGCACACGCUCAGGAGCUCUUCUCGGCAUGCCUGCUCACCGGCGUUGUUGACGCACAGCAGCUGCUCCAUCGGCCGGUCCCCGCGGCAUGCACCAUGUGCUGUGGCCUGUCGUCCGAGGCCAGGUCGGUGGGUAGGCUGCCCGCAGCUCGCCCUCCUGCUGCUCCAGUGGGGCACCGAGCCAGCUGCCAGGCAUGAGGCCAGUAGGCAUGCCAAGCUCUGGCUGAAGCCCUGUGAUGUGCCCAUCAUGAUGCCCGCUGCCCACCCGCCUCUCCGUCCAUGGCCACACUGGGUUUACCUGAGCACGCGGGCGGCGAGGCUUUGGAUUGGCUGCAGGAACUUCCUGCAGCCAAUCCAAAGUUGUGCCAGGGUCACAGAAGUCAGUCCCCGCGCAGCGACUGACCGAGCGGGCGGCAGGGUCCGCUGGCUGGAUUUACGAGCCUGGUGGGCCGCAUCCGGCCCCCGGGCCAUAGUUUGCUGACCCCUGCACUAAUGCUGUCCUCUGCCUUGCGGUCCCUGACAGGUCCCCAACCACCUGAUCUGGCUCAUCUUCUUCUACUGGUUCUUCCACUCCAGCCUGAAUGUCAUUGCGGAAAUCAUGCAGUUUGGAGACCGGGAGUUCUACAGGGACUGGUGGUGAGUCAGCUCUGCAGGAAGGGCCUGUGUGUUUUGUGACUUGCGUUCUUUUUUUCAAUUUUCAGGUUUUUAAGCUGUGUCUCAGAUUGUUAUAACCUGCCCUAGGACCGCAGAAAGAAUGGCAGGUGGCUGCAAUAAUAAAAAAAUCAAAACAUCUGUAAAUGGCACUCAAAAGAUCUGCUUUGGGCAUUCAAAGCACCCUGCAGAACAGCCAAGGUUUUGGUUUUGGAGACUUCCUCACUGUGGGCGAGGACUGGGAGGGUUUUCCCCAGCCCUAACAGGUGUGGGGGUGCAGUGGGUGGAUCCCCAUCACUUAAGAUGAUGGCGAAUGAUGCAGAUGCCUCCCUUCCAUGUGUGUUGUAGGAAAAGCCUUCGAGGCAUCUGAUAAGGGAUGAUGAAGGCUGGGCUCAGCCUUCGCUGGUGAAACUCAGUGACUGAAUCCUGUGCGCAGCCAGACCGCUCACAUUUGACCCUGCAGGAAUUGGACCCCCUGUCCGAAAGAGGGGGGAGGAAACCUAUUUUGUUCUGUUAAGGGUUUCUCUCAAUGUCAAGGGUUGACACGCAGCAACACAUGUCCCUUUUCUUCCCUCAGGAACUCGGAGACCGUGACCUAUUUCUGGCAGAACUGGAACAUCCCUGUCCACAAAUGGUGCUUGAGGUACACAUAGGCUGAGUUGUGACAAUCCUGGGGUCAAGCAGGGUGGGGUGGGGUGCUGUAGCUGUCAGUGGGGGAUAGCUAGGCGAAUUCUGCUCAUAGUCCAUUUGGGGCAGGUGAAAGGGAGUCCUCCUUCGUGCAGCACGUAUUUAAACUGUGGAACUCGCUUCUGCAGGAGGCCGCUGUGGCCCUCAACUUAGACGGCUUUGAAAGAGCCUUCUCUAGGAAUAUUUCUAGCAACAGCUCGUAGCCACAGUGGCUCUGCUCUGCCUCUACGGUCAGAUCCUGCAGGCUCUUCUUAAUCUCUCUCUCUCUCUCUCCUUUGCUUUUUAGGCAUUUCUACAAGCCCCUGAUGAAGAAGGGGGCUGGCAAAUGGGUGGCUCAGACAGGCGUCUUCUUCGCUUCUGCUUUCUUCCACGAGGUUAGUACCUGCUCCACAAAUCCGUGUGCAUGAAUGUCGACAGGAGAGCCCAAAGGGACUCCCCCCCCCCUUUUACUGGCUUGCAAUCUCAACCCUCUUCUUAAAGGCUGUGGAUUUCAUACCACAAAGCAUCCUUGCUGCUGCUCAGCCAGCCUUUCUCUGCACGGGUGCGAGAGAGGGAAGCAGCAUCUGAUUGGGGGGGGGGGUGUCUGGGCCUCCUGAAACUGAGCUUCCCAGUCCAGGCGGACAUGGCGGCAGGCAGAGCUUUCUGCUGGAGACCAUCUCUGCAAAGACCAGUAAGGAAAAGGCUUGGGAGACAAUUGCUUACUCCUAAAUUUUGCUAAUGGCAAAAAAGUGUGUGUGUUGGGCAGAGGUAAAGGGAGUAGUUCUCACCUCUAAGAAUCCACCUGAAAACUCCCAAGUUGCAAUGAUCAGAGCCCCCCCAAACUUGAAGCAUGGGAAGUCCCAACUAAAAUUUAUAAUUUAGGCAGAAUAUUUGGACUACAGUGGUACCUUGGGUUACAUACGCUUCAGGUCACAGACUCUGCUAACCUAGAAAUAGUGCUUCAGGUUAAGAACUUUGCUUCAGGAUGAGAACAGAAAUCGUGCUCCAGUGGUGCAGCAGCAGCAGGAGGCCCCAUUAGCUAAAGUGAUGCUUCAGGUUAAGAACAGUUUCAGGUUAAGUACGGACCUCUGGAACGAAUUACUGUAUUUUCCGCUCUAUAAGACGCACCAGACCACAAGACGCACCUAGUUUUUGGAGGAGGAAAACAAGAAAAAAAAAUUCUAAAUCUCAGAAGCCAGAACAGCAAGAGGGAUCGCUGCACAGUGAAAGCCGCAAUCCCUCUUGCUGUUCUGGCUUCUGGGAUAGCUGUGCAGCCUGCAUUCGCUCCAUAAGACGCACACACAUUUCCCCUUACUUUUUAGGAGGGAAAAGGUGAGUCUUAUAGAGCAAAAAAUACGGUAAGUACUUAACCCGAGGUACCACUGUAUUUGAUAUUUGUAUCAAAUUUGUAUUUGUAUUGGAACAUUCAAUGUGAUUGGAUUGGAUUGUUAAAAUGGGAAACUUAAUAAAAAUGAUUAAAAAAAGAAAACUCCCAAGUUGCACUGCAUCUUUUGGAGGAAUUUGGAGACAAAUGCUAAGGUGUAUUUGAGCAAGUUAGAUGCAGCUGAGGAACAUUAUGGCUCCCCCUCCUCUGAAGAACGAUGGAUAAGCAUCUUUCAAGGGCUGGCGAGGGACCGUCCUCUCUGAAAGCAGAGAAGGGGCAGGGGGCGCGAUAGUGUCUUGCCUUCCGUUCUCAGCAUAAGGUUUGAACAGGGCAAAGUGGCUCAAACUCCUGAACGUGGAGUGGGUGGGGCUAUCCUGGCUGGAGCUCCCUCCCUUGACUUGCUUCCCCGGCCCAGUGUGGGUCAUUCCAUGGGCUCACACCUGAGAGCUCAGGAGGCAAGAGAGCGCCCUUCGUUCUCUUUCCUCUGGAGGGACUGGAAUCAAGGAGAGACUCGCGAGCUGCUUGCUGGGCUUCAGAGGGUGGCAUGGGAGGUAGCCAGGCUUGCCAGCCAAGCUUCCUUUGCGCCCUCUCCUGUCUGGACUGAUGUCUUUGUGGGUUUCUGUCCCCACCCAGUACCUGGUCAGCGUGCCCUUGAAGAUGUUCCGGCCCUGGGCGUUCAUAGGGAUGAUGGCUCAGGUAAGGGUCGGGUCCUCACCAUGGGAUCACAUUCACCCAGUGCUAUACCAGCUGCACUGGCUCUCGGUGGAGUACAGGAACAGGUUUAAGGUGCUGGUUUUAACCUUUAAAGCCCUAUACGGCCUAGGACCCUCGUCCCUACGGGACCGCCUCUCCUGGUAUGUCCCACAGAGGACCUUACGGUCUUCAGACAAAAACAUCUUGGAGGUCCCGGGCCACAGGGAGAUUAGGCUGGCCUCAACCAGAGGCAGGGCUUUUUCGGCCGUGGCCCCGAUCUGGUGGAACGCUCUGUUCCAAGAGACCAGGGCCCUGCGGGACUUGACAUCUUUCCGCAGGGCCUGCAAGACAGAGCUGUUCCACCGGGCCUUUGGCCAAGGCACAGUUUGACCCCCUCCUUUGGUAAUCCUCACAGAACUGUAGCCCAAUGGUUGCCAUUAAUUUGAUUCUGAAUUGAUUUUAGAAUGAAUUGAUUUUAGAAUGCUGUGUUACUUUUACUGUUGUUAGCUGCUCUGAGCCUGGCUUCAGCUGGGGGGUGGGGUGGGAUAUAUAUAAAAUUAUUAUUAUUAUUAUUUUGCAUGAGUGGCUUGGCAAAGGCCACUUGCCACCAGCUCAGCCUUGCCAGGGGCUCCCGGUAUGUGGUGUCUUGGCAAAGGGGUGAGGGUCAAGCAGAGUCCAGGAUGCUGCUGUUGCCACCACCCCAGAGAGUUCUGUCUUCUUUCCUGUGAGCCUUGGGGCAGGACUUGCACUUUGGCCCUAGGGUGGAGAAUCAGAGAACCACAGAACUGUAGAGCUGGAAGGGACCCUAGGGUCAUCCACUCCAACCCCCGGCAAUGCAGGGAUCUCAGCUAAAGCAUCCAUGACAGAUGGCCACCCAAGCUCUGCUUAAAAACUUCCAGGGAAGGAGAGUCCAUCACCUUCCAAGGGAGUCCAUUCCACUGCCAAACAGCUCUUACCACCAGAAAGUUUUUCCUGAUGUUGAAUCUCCUCCUUGUAACUUGAAGCCAUGGGUUCAAGUCCUCCCCUCCAGAGCAGGAGAAAGCAAGCUUGCUCCCUCUUCCACCUUUUGAGAUAUCUGAAGAUGGCUGUUGUGUCGCCUGUUCUCCAGGCUAAAAUGACCCAUCUCCCUCCGCCAUCUUUCCUCCCUCUUCCCUCCUCCUCCGCAGAUUCCUCUGGCCUGGUUUGUGGGCCGGUUCCUUCGGGGCAACUAUGGGAACGCGGCCGUGUGGAUCUCCUUGAUCAUUGGGCAGCCCAUUGCCGUCCUCAUGUACGUCCACGACUACUACGUGCUCAACUACGAGGGCAGCCAGUGA